UGGGUUCCAAGUCUGUGGCCCAGGAAUAGCAUGACCUCAUCUCCAGGGCUCUGGCCCAUUCAGAGUCUGCACCUGUGACUUCUCUUCCUAACUGCCUCCCCUGAACUUGGUCCCAUCCACUGAGUUCAUGGACUGUUAUCUUACCCUGAACUUGUCCUUUUAAUAAUGUGUCCUCCCAGCUUCUUUCUGUCCCCCCACCCCUUUGGCCACCAGGGUCUCAACCCUGUCUUGGUACGCUUGUUGACUCUGCCCCCCAGGCUGCGAAUGUUCCUGAGCAGUAGAAACUUGUCAUUACAGGAGGCUGCAGAGUUGGAGCUUCUGUCUGUGAACUAUACUCUGAAGAAGUGGAAAGGUACAUCACUCAUCAUGAUGUCCAUGAUGUACUGGAACAUCAUGCUGGAAAACUGCUGCAGCCUGGCCCCAUUGGGUGAAAACAGGAUGGCAAGUUCACAGUUGUCUCGGAAGCAGGACAUUUCUGAAGAGUCAAAGUCAGCUGACAGGACCUCAGGCAUACUUUGUGGACUGAUUCUUGGAGGACCAGAAGCUGGGGCUGCCUGUGAAGAAGCUUUAGAGAAACUAAAAGUUCAACCGUCAGAUGAAGAAGGAACCAGACUGGAAAGUGAUUUCUUAGAAAUAACACAGGAGGAUAAAAAGAAAUCUACAAAGGAUAGAUGUGAUGAGUAUAAGGAACUUGGGGGACAUCUAGAUCUGUCCUCCAGUCUCUCAGAACAUCAGGGAGUUCUGAAGGGACAGAAAUUAUAUCGAUGUGAUGAAUGUGGCAAAGUUUUUAAUUGGAGUUCUCACCUCAUUGGGCAUCAGAGAAUCCACACUGGAGAGAAACCAUAUGAGUGUACUGAGUGUGGCAAAGCCUUUAGGCAGACCUCUCAGCUCAUUGUCCACCUCAGAAUCCAUACAGGGGAAAAACCUUAUGAAUGCAGUGAUUGUGGAAAGACCUAUCGCCACAGCUCCCAUCUCAUUCAACACCAGAGACUUCAUACUGGGGAGAAACCAUAUAAAUGCAAUGAAUGCGGAAAAGCUUUCAGUGAAAGUUCCAAACUCUUUGACCACCAGAGAACUCAUACUGGGGAGAAACCAUAUGGAUGCAAUGAGUGUGGAGCACUCUUUAGUCGGAGUAAAAGCCUUAUCCGCCAUCAGGUACUUCACACUGGUAAGAAACCUUACAAGUGUGAUGAGUGUGGGAAAGCUUUCUGUUCUAACAGAAAUCUUAUUGACCAUCAGAGAAUCCACACUGGGGAGAAGCCUUAUGAGUGUAAUGAAUGUGGCAAGGCCUUCAGUCGGAGUAAAUGUCUUACUCGACAUCAGAGUCUCCACACUGGGAAAAAACCAUACAAGUGUAGCAAAUGUGUGAAAGCCUUCAAUCAGAUCUCUCAACUUGCCGACCAUGAGCGAAUUCAUACUGGAGAAAAACCUUUUGAAUGUAAUGUGUGUGGUAAGGCAUUCAGUCUGAGUAAAUGUCUCACUCGACAUCAGCGACUUCACACUGAUGAAAAGCCCUAUAAAUGCAAUGAUUGUGGAAAAUCCUUCAAUCAAAACUCAUACCUCAUUAUUCAUCAGCGAAUUCACACUGGUGAGAAACCUUAUGAAUGUAAUGAAUGUGGAAAGGUCUUCACUCAUAAUUCUAGCCUUAUGGUACAUCAGAGAACCCAUACUGGGGAGAAGCCCUAUAAAUGCCAAGUUUGUGAGAAAGCCUUUCGUGAUAGCUCACAACUCACCGUGCACCAAAGAGUUCAUACUGGAGAGAAACCCUAUGAAUGUAUCGAGUGUGGGAAAGCCUUUAGUCAGCGUUCUACUUUCAAUCACCACCAGCGAACUCACACUGGAGAGAAGCACUCAGGUCUGGCUCGGUCUGUUUCUUAAGACAUGAUUCUCUUAAGACAGCAAGAAACUUUAGGUUAAGGUUUCUAUUUAAGUAUGUUCAUCCUGAUCUCUACUUGGAACCACCUGUUCCAUGUGUACCAUCCCAGGACUUCCCUGGUGGUCCAGUGGUUAAUGCUCUGGAGCAUGAGUUUUGAUGGGGAGCAUGAGUUUUGAUUCCUGGUUUGGGAAUGAAGAUUCCACAUGCCACACAGCAUGGCUACCAUAAAGAGAAAAAAUUAGAAAAAAAAAUAUGGACCAUCUCCGAGUGCUCGCUGCUGGUCACAAAGGUGGGAGAGUUAGAGUUACAAUCCUCCUUCUGUGCAAUUGAUCUGUGCAAUUGCACUCUCCUAGAGUGCAAUCCUCCUCCUCCUCCUCUUGGGGAAAUAAGGACUACAUGUUUCAUGUGCUUAUAGGUUUCCUUUUUCUUUUUUUGGCCAUAUCAGGCAGCUUGCAGGAUCUUGGUUCCCCAACCAAGGAUCGAACCUGUGCCCUCAGAAAUGAAGGCAUGAAGUCCUGGACUGCUUGAACCACUGGACCGCCAGGGAAUUCCCUUUCACUUCUUAAAAUAAUUAACAUCUAACUCAGUUAUGCAUGCCACGAUCACAUUCUCAAGGAUAGAGAUAUUUCCUUAUUCUAUUCCACCUCCUCCAUUUUACUCUUUAUAUAAAGCCAUCCUCUAAGACUGAUUUAUUCUUUCUACCUCUUGAGUGUGGCCCUUUUAAAGCUUGCUUUAAUCUAGACCCUCAACACUUGUGUUCUCUAUGAAGAAAAGCUUUUCUUCCUGUUUGCCAGUCUGUGUCCCUUGAACCUUUAAGAUCCAGAACUAUAUUUUUUUUAAGUGUUUUACUUUGGAAACUCCCAGGUUCCAGGGGAGACCCCAUAUGAACACACGGGUCCAGCCCUCAACUCUAAUUUGAAUGUGGCUGGUCAUAUCUUAAGUAGAAACUCUUGUCUGUUGAAUGUUUUAAUUUAUUAUCUUCUGGUUCUGCUCAUACCCUACCACACUGAGUCUCUGGGGGAACAGAUCCAGCACUGCUCGUAACUCUGAGCUGAUCACCAGCAGCACCAGUAGGUUCUCAAUAGAAAUGAAUAUCCUCACUUCCUAGGAAAGCACUCAGGCUCUUGGUUGGAGGAAAAGGAGCUACAUUUGAAAGCUACAUCUCAAUUUCUAUUGGCUAUUGCUAGUAUUUUAAAAGUUAACUGAUUAAAAAAAAUUUUUUACCUGGAUCCAGUUACCUCGUUCAAUUAAUUUUGGUUUGAAGAAUUUUUUUUCCUAGUUUCAUUUCCUAGCUUUUCUAGGUAUACAAUAAAACAGUAACGAUUAGUGUUCUCUUAAUUUCUAAUCUGUGUGCCACUCAUGUCAAGCAUCAGCGUGAAUAUUUAAAAAAAAAAAGUUGAACAGUGAAUAAAAGGCAUAUUCCAUAUCUUGUUCCUAAUUGUCAGAAAGGUUUUUCAGCAUGUCACAGUUGUAUAUGUGGUUCACCCUCAUUGUUUCUGAUAAAUACUGUGUUAAGGAAGUUUUGUUCUAUUCCUAUUUUUAGAUGCAGCAAUAUGUUAUAGUGGUAAAGAACACAGAUUUUUUGCCUGGAAACCUAGGUUGAAAUCCUGCCUCCAUCACUUUCCUUAGGUCUGUAAUCUUGGGCAAGCCACUGGACCACCAGGGAAGUCCCUUCUACUAAGAACAUAAACUCCAUCAUGAAUGCUCUUCCUUUUGUCUUCCAUGUGUCAAAUGGAGCUACCUCAUAGGGCCUUGAGGAUAAAAUUCAUUUAUAAGUGUUACUUGAAACAGUACUUGACAUGUAGAGUACACAUACUGUAGGAAGUUAUCAUACUUAAGUUAUUAGGAAUGGAUGCUAAGUUCUAUCAAGAACUUUAAAAAUCCGUUGGUAAAAUUUCAUAGGUCUUAUCCUUUACUCUUUUUGUAUCAAUUUUGUUGGCGGGUUUCCAAAUAAUUAAAAUUGUCUUGUGUUCCUGGAAUAAAAUCUGUUUUCUCCUGGUGAUUGUAUCUUAUUUUUGAAGUACAGAACUAGAUUCAAUUUGCUUAGCAAAAUUAAUUUGGGAGUUUUGUUUCUCU